GUUUUCCACAUCCUCCCGACAGACCACGCAGAUCACAAACACACCAUUUUCUUCCACUUUCUCUUUUGAAUCCCUCAUCCCCUCUCUCUCCCCGAAAUGGCCGAUCAGCUCACCGACGACCAGAUCUCCGAGUUCAAGGAAGCCUUCAGCCUAUUCGACAAGGAUGGCGAUGGCUGUAUCACUACCAAGGAACUUGGGACUGUGAUGAGAUCACUUGGGCAGAACCCAACUGAGGCUGAGCUUCAGGACAUGAUAAAUGAGGUUGAUGCUGAUGGAAACGGUACCAUUGAUUUCCCAGAGUUCCUCAACCUUAUGGCUCGGAAGAUGAAAGAUACUGAUUCAGAGGAGGAGCUGAAGGAAGCUUUCCGUGUAUUUGACAAGGACCAGAAUGGGUUCAUUUCUGCAGCCGAGCUCCGCCAUGUUAUGACAAAUCUUGGCGAGAAGCUGACAGAUGAAGAAGUUGAUGAGAUGAUCCGCGAGGCUGAUGUUGAUGGUGAUGGUCAGAUCAACUACGAGGAGUUUGUCAAGGUCAUGAUGGCCAAGUGAGGGACCAAUAGGCCAAAAUUUGAAAAGAAUUCUAUUUAUAUUAGGAUAUCUUUAUUUGGGGUGUCAUUAGCGUAUUUUUGGUCGGUUGGUUGGCUGUCUUUUCCUGUUUGCUGACAUUAGUAUCCUUAUCCUACUUGUUUGCUCUGCACCUUCCCCCUUUGUUCUGUUCAGUAGGUUGGCUUAGCUUUGUUCCACCAUGUAUUGCUUUCUACUCUUUUUUGGUCAUUAUGAACCUUAAAAAUUGGAUGCAAUUUGUGUUGUUGCUUCUGGGUGACUAGUCUUGUUAAUAUUUACUUAUGUUGUCAUA